AUGUCAAGUGCUGUACCAGGUGCUAUACCUGAUGAUAUGCCUGGAGCUAUGCAAGGUGCUGUGCCAUGUGCUAUACCUGAUGAUAUGCCUGGUGCUAUGCAAGGUGCUAUGCGAGGUGCUAUGCGAGGUGCUUUGCCUGAUGCUAUGCCUGAUGCUAUGACAGAUGCUGUGCAAGGUGCUAUGCCAGAUGAUAUGCUUGGUGUUAUACCUGGUGUAAUGCCAGAUGCUAUUCAAGGUGCUACGCCAGAUGUUAUGCAAGGUGCUAUGCCAGAUGCUAUGCAAGGUGCUAUGCCAGAUACUAUGCCAGCUGCUACGCAAGGACCAGGGCCAUUCCAAGGACCAGGGCCAUUCCAAGGACCAGGACCACAACCUUGCCAUGGUUCAGAACUACGAUCUUGCCAAGGAGCCGAUUGCUCACCUUGCGUAGCAGCUGGCAUAGUAUCUGGCAUAGCACCUUGCAUAGCAUCUGGCAUAGCACCUUGCAUAACAUCUGGCGUAGCACCUUGA